GCCAGAACGAUUUCGUCCGCUUUCUAACCUUAAAAAGAUGUUCAAAACUAAGGUGGCGAAUAAAAAUUAAAUUUUGACAAAAUUAUGGCACGACCGUUGUACUUUAUCGUAAAUUUAAUACUUUUGUGUGCGACCGUGCGGUGUUCCAAAUUGAAUGUACCCCGUAUAUUACUGCCGAUAUUCAAUGAUUUCGCGACGAAUUUCAUACUCGAAGCCACCGAAGGCGGUUGUUAUAAAUGGGCUACUACUAGAAGUGACUUAAUAGGUAUAACCCCGUUGGAUCAGAACCCGAACGAAGAUUGCUCGACUAAGGUCCUAUUAUUCACCAUAUCGAAGGAAAAAGCUCGUAAUAUCGCUGUAGUUUUAGCAGAAGAUCUGCAUUCAAGAGAAACGUUAAGAUGCGACGUUAUAUUAGACACGAUAAGCGAAUUACGAAUAACAACAACCACACGAGAGCUCUUCAUGGAAGAAGCCCCGGAGCAUUUCGAAGUGAACGCUUACGACGAUCAAGGAAACGAAUUUUCCACCUUAGAGGGCAUCGAGUUCGAAUGGAACAUCGUCACAUUGAGUUCCAACAAGCAAACUGUAUUGAGGUAUAUCACUUACAAGGACUCACCUUACGAGGCGCCGACGGGAAUCGUGGAACUGGAAGAACGAAAGAAAAAAGGCCAUUCCGUUUUGCUCGAAGGCGUCAAAAGCGGUUCGGCGAAAGUAACCGUCUCGUUGCCUUUUAACGAAUACAAAAAUAUCCCCCCGUGCGAGGUACAACUCAUGGUUGUUGCCAAUAUUUUAAUAACUCCACCGGAAGUGUAUGUUAUGAAAGGCGAUGUAGCUCAAUUUAAUGUAUUUUUUCUCAAAAACGGCAGAAUCGAAGCAAUCAAACUACCAGACAAUCAGUAUUACCUCGAAACGGAGAACAAGGACGUAGCCAUGACAUACAAGGAAUCCGGCAUGGUCGAAGGAGUAUCGGACGGUUCGACUCGAGUAGUCUUGCGGGACAAGCACGUAGACUCCAACGAUCCUUUAAUGAAACUCCCAGCCGCUAAUAUUUACGUAAUGCCGCCCGAAUAUCUCGUAUUAAACAUAAUGCCACACAAAAACUGGGCUGUAUUAGUCGCCGAUCAUCACGACAUCGUAGCCGAGCUCUACACCAAAGACGAUCACAAGCUGGUCGUCGGACCGAACGCUCGAAUUGAAAUGGAAGUAACCUCGGAAUUCGCUGUAGUCAGUAAAUCGGCGAACGGCAGUUGGUUAACCGGUUACGGUUUGAAACCCAGCGUAGCAACCGUUCAAGCCGAGUUAAAGGGAGUCAACAGCGAAACGUACGGUAAAAUAACGUUCAAAUCGAUCAACGCCAAAAACGAUAUAAUGAUCUAUCCGAGGAUGACGAUCGUACCGUCUGAGGUUAUCCUACCGUGGGAUCCGGUCAACCGGCCAAAAUUCGAUUUGCAACUAACCGUAAAAGGAGGUGACGGUAGAUAUUUGUGGAUUAGUACCGAUAACUCGAUCGGUAUGGUGAGUCAAACGGGUAUGGUGAAAACCCUAUCGAAUGGCUUCUUCGAAGUAGCUGCAGUUAUGUUACGAAACCACAAUAAUAGAGCCAGUACGAAGUUUAUUAUCAUACCUCCGACUCGUCUAGAAAUCGUAGAAUUCGCCAUGGAAGCCGAGCUAGGCAGUCCCGUGUAUUUGCACAUAGCGCUUUACGCGGAACAGGAACGAAACGGCGAAAUCAUCAAUCUACCUUUCACGAAAUGCCAGGAGUUGCCGUUUCACAUUAAAAUGUCCGAUCAGAAGUUUCGACACAACAGAACCGCAGCGUUGCCGCCUAUCGGAGUCUCGUGCGGCAACAUCGCGAUGACUGCUUUGGAACUCGGCACCAGUAAGGUGACCGUUUCGUAUUUCCAAGAAGGUAAAAUGCUGGAGGAUUCGGUGACGGUGAGCGCUUUUAAAAAAUUGAAAUUGAUUGAACCGAAACGCGAAGUGGUACUAGCCGUUGGUACCACGCUAAAUUUGGUGUAUUCCGGUGGACCUCGACCGAUGUUGGGUCGAAGUUCGGAGUAUUCCCGAACGAUCGUAAGCGAAAACGAAAACAUCGCGCAAGUUAAAGACGUAACCGUAUUAUACCAAACGACUAAAGACGAUAUCACCGUUAUACAGGUGCUUUGCGCCCAAUUGGGCGAGACUUACAUCAAACUGAUGAUCAGCAACACGCCGAGCGUGUCGAAUUGCAAGCCCCAAACGCAUUCGAUCAGCACGAAAAUAAUCUGCGGCAAACCGAGGAAAGUUACUCUGCAGCCCGAAUUGCAAAUCGCCGAUACCGACGGUUGUCCCAUGGACAUCGGAUCCGGUAACGUGGUGGUGCAAAGCAUGGAUUGCAUCAACGUAGAGGUCUCCGUAUACGACGAGUGCGGUAACAAGUUCCUCAACGUGACCAGCUUGCAGUUCGAUUGGCUGGUCGAGCCCUACAAAAGUGCUAGAGUGUUGAACAAGGAAUCGGUGUAUCCCAGGAAUUUGACUGUAGGAAACGUGCCGGUCGGUCACAAUCACUACCAAACGAUUCACCCGACUGUCGAUAAAGGUGUGAUUGUACUCAACGUGAGUGUAUCGGGUUAUAGAUCAUCGAUUAUUAAAAGUUUUUAUAUGAAAUCGGAGUGGCCGCCUUUCGUCGACGAUGAAGACAAAGGUCGAACUGUGACGCCUCUCAAAUCGUCGAUAAGUUUGUACCUGGUGGAAAGUCCCGUGAUAGCCGAGCCAAUGUUAACUAUAUUCAAUCAUCCCGGUAACAAGAUUACGGUGCCCAUAACGCAAGGUUCGGGUUAUUUCGAGCUGUUGCUCAGCGACGACGAGAUAGCCGUUGUGAAGUAUUUGGAGUCGAGUCGAGAGAUUGAAAUCACUCCGAUGAAGUCCGGGGAAUUGACCGUGCAAGUUAUAGAUUUGUGUUUGAUUGCUAAACCGGCUAAUUUGGUGGUGAAUAUAAUAGCUGUGGGGAUUAUACGAAUAGAAAUGGUCGAUAAAGUCGAAAUCGGCAAGUGUAUUACCGCUAAAGUGAGGUUGUACGACGAAAACGAUAAUUUAAUGAACAUUCCCGAUCCGACUAUGGUCGAUUUGAGGCCGGAAUUCGAAAAUAACAUCGCCAACAUAUAUCUAGCCGAGAAAAGCGACGAUUGGGGUAUCGGAGAAGUGCAAUUUAUCAUCACGGGUGUUGAAAUAGGCGAAACUAAAUUGAUAUUUAUAACGACCGGAAACGAACAAGACGUCACCAGCGCUCCUGUAUUGUUGCAAGUAUUCGAACCGUUGAAACUGUCUCCCAAGAACGGUUCGAUUAUCAUCAAUUCCAAGUUGCAAAUCAAUUCGAAAGGUGGACCUUCUCCGGAUGUUAAGAUCAUCUUCCACGCUGAAUCGAGUUUCGUCGAGGUUACCGAUAAAGGCGUGGUAAUCGGAAAGGAAUUGGGUCAAGUUAGAAUCUACGGUAGAUCGGUCGGAGUGCAUCCCUUCACUGGCCAGAAUAUUAUCUACGCAGAAGACUACGUGGAUAUAUCAAUCGUAAAAUUGCAAGGUUUGAAGCUAGUAGGUCCGAUAUUGCGGUUUAAAAUCGGUACGGUAGCGCCAUUUUGGGUCGUGGGAUUACCGAAUCUAUCGCCCAUGAUACUCGGAGGUUUCGAUGACCCGGCGAUCAAAUUCCGAUGGACUGUAGACGAUAAAUUGUUGAUUGACCUGUUCGGAAUCUUCCACCAAGUCGGGGUGUUUAAGAAGAAAUUCGAUAGAGUUUCAGCUAAGGCCAGCGCUUUGCAAAUAGGAAAAACCCGAUUGUUCGUGAACGCGACCGUUCCGGGUAAAACCGUGAACGUUCACAACUUGGAUUUCGUACCGUUGUCGACUUGGUUGGAUUUGGAAGUAAUCGGGGAAUUUUCGCUGGUGCAACCGAAACAUUUCCCCGCCAGGUCUCUACUCAUGGCGCCAUUCAGCGAGCUCCAAUUGAGCACCAGCAUGGAAAACGCCGUCGAUAUUAUAGUCACCUACAUGUUACCGGGCGACAAAAGUUUCUCCACCGAUCUCUUAUCGGACCAAUCGGUUCGCGAAGAUCUAAUCGUGACCGUGAGCUCGACGGGAUUGAUACAAUCCUACGGCGUGUUGGGACAAACUUUGCUCAUCAUCACCUCCACCGAUACCAUGGGUUUAAAGCAACGCUUGAGCAUAGUCGUGGAAGUCAAAGCCAUACAAUACAUGAACCUGGUGGUCAGAUCCAAUUGGCGAAUACACGCCGAUAGUCAAUUACCUACAGUACCGUUGGGUACCGAAUUCAAAUUGAAGGCUCUCUUCUACGAUAACGUAGGCAACGAGUUCCAAGCGGGUCCUAAGAGAUUACAGGCGAGGACUAGCCGGUGCGAUUUGUUGCACGUGGCCGAAGGCGACGAGGACGCUUCGAUUUGGGUGCACACCAAAGCCGAAGGUUCUACCAUGAUAAAAGUUUGGGCGGAGGGUAUUCAUACGACGACCGAUUACGUGAAGAUCCACGUGGAGCAAUCGGUGAAGCCCGAGUUGACGUUCCUCACGUCGGGGGACGUUGUUUGCUUUUGGACGCCGGUGGUGAGCGAGUACAACAUGCCGGGUACUUGGAAGAGUAGCGACGAUAGUUUGUUGCAUAUUAAUCCGGCGUUGGAUAUCGCUUUCGUGGGUAACAAGGAGGGUACCGUGAUAUUAACGCAUUCGUUUCUACCGAGCGCUCCGAUCGCGAUCGAGAUUAACAUGGUCAGUCAUAUCGAAUUUUUGGAUACGAGCAUCGUGUUGACCAACGGCGAUGUAAAUAGCGUCGAAAGGAUUAUAUUGGUGUUGCAAAGCGAUAAGAGUUACGGUAUAAAAACUAAUAACUUGAUACAAGGUUGGAGAUGUAGAUCGGAUAUUAGGAAGUUGGUCAGGCCGACUGGUUUUAAAUGUUUCGGUACGUUUUCUAAUACUUCGGCGCCGGUACCGUUCCAACGGUUGUACAAUAUAACGCCCAGUUGGGUACCCGAUAGCGGUCAGUUCGCUUGUAAACUAAUAAAUCUCGGGGUAAACGGUACUCUGAUAUCGAUGUUGAGAACCGACGUCGUCAUUUGGGCUACUACUCUGGACAUGUCCGUCGAAUCGGAGAAACAAAUCAUCAAAUUUUUACCCGGCGUUUACGUGGAGAAAGACAUCCAUUUGGAGAAUACACUCGAAGGGGAAUUUACGAUAACGGGAUUGCCGGAGGUUUUGGUUCAAAUAAAAGUAGCACCUGCCGAUAGUAGCAUUCUGUACGUAGACGAAGGAACCGAAUUCGGCGAAACCCAAAGGAAGUACAAACUACAAGUAAUCGAUUACCAUUGGAGAUUAGAGAAUCUACACGAAGCGAUGGCUAUAAACGUGAGAUCGAUGUUAACCCAUCAGAGAUUCAAUAUAUUAGUGCACGUGCACGGUCUCACGCAACGAGCCCAAUGCAUCGCGAACCAAUCCCCCGUUUUAACGUUCUUGGAGACUUAUAAAAACGUUAUAUUAUCCGCCGUAACCAUGUUGAUUAUAUUCUUCCUAACAUUCUACCUAUACUCGAGAUACAUGCAGCCGGUCGUCAACGUGAAUCUUCACUCGCCUCGGGGGCCCCCUCCGCCGCCGGGGGGCGUUUUUAACCAAUCGCAAUCGUUCUACGCGGGGCCUUCGACGUGUCCGGGCUACAGGAGCGCCUUGAACGCGAGCAUGAGCCCCCGAAUGACGGGCGCUAAUACAUCGAUGUGCGUUUGUUGUCAGUCGUCGCAUUGCAAGCGACAGGAGCCCAUUUACGGUGAGGCGAAGACGUUCUACAGCACUCCGGAUUCAUCGAGGAGAGUGAUGUAAUCGAGUUGUGUUCAGAAAUUGUGUUCAUUGACUGUAUAAAUAAUAGACAUUUGUUUUUGUAAAUGU